UUACGUUUGAAGCUAAAGGCAGCACAGCGCUAAUGGGGAACUUGUCGUUUACGCGAGUGACCAGUAGGGGGAGCAUGCACGCUGCUUCACACCGGGUGGGUGUCGCUCCAUCUGCUGUUUUUGACAACAGCCAAGAAGAUGUCUGCUCUGGAGAGAUGACUUACUGUGCAAAGGUUUAAAGACCGUGUUUAGAAUCACGUCAGGGUUUGUACAAUGCAGUGAACCAGAUGGGUCAUCGCUGCACCCGAGUCCUGUUCCUUGCGCUGCUCCAGGCGUUGCAGACAUUAGCUGAAGAUGGCUCCAUCCAGUGUGUGUGCAUGGGCAGAGACUGCAUGGCCCAGCAGUGUAAAGGCGAUCAGUGCUACUCUUCUGUGACCGUCAGAGACGGCGUGCGCUCGUUGCACCGCGGCUGCCUGAUUGGCCCCGACAGCAGGAGCUUGACCUGCUUGGCUUCUCCCUCAGCCAGUCACGUGAUAGAAUGCUGCGCUCGACCCAUGUGCAACGCCAACACCUCGGUGGACUCCCUGAUUCAGCUGCUGCUCAGGAAUCCAGAGGGAGAGCCCAUGCAUUACACUGUAGAGACUCUGGUACUGUUGGUCCUGGUCCCUUUAGCCAUAUUGGUGCUGCUCGCCGUGCUGGCCGUGUCCGUAUGCCGGCGUCUGCACCCACGCCGCCUGGAGCGACUGCACGAGUUCGACACGGAGCAGGGCGCCAUCGACGGCCUCAUCACCACCAACGUGGGCGACAGCACCCUGGCGGAACUGCUGGAUCAUUCCUGCACGUCGGGCAGCGGCUCGGGUCUGCCAUUCCUGGUACAGAGGACAGUCGCGCGCCAGAUCAGUCUGGUGGAGUGUGUCGGGAAAGGACGAUACGGAGAGGUGUGGCGAGGCCAGUGGCAGGGAGAGAAUGUGGCCGUGAAAAUUUUCUCCUCCCGGGACGAGAAGUCGUGGUUCCGUGAAACAGAAAUCUACAACACUGUUCUGUUACGGCACGAAAAUAUAUUGGGGUUCAUGGCGUCGGACAUGACGUCCCGCAACUCGAGCACGCAGCUGUGGUUGAUCACACACUACCACGAGCACGGCUCGCUGUACGAUUACCUGCAGCGCACCGCCGUGUCCGCGCCUGACGCCCUGAACAUGGCCACCUCGGUGGCCAGCGGGCUGGUGCACCUGCACGCAGAGAUCCUGGGCACAGAGGGCAAGCCGGCCAUCGCCCACCGCGACCUCAAGAGCAAAAACAUCCUGGUGAAGAAGGACAUGCGCUGCUGCAUCGCAGACCUUGGUUUGGCGGUCACUCACACACAAGCAGACAAUCAGCUGGAUGUCGGGAACAACCCCAAAGUGGGCACCAAGCGCUACAUGGCCCCCGAGGUGCUGGACGAGACGAUUCAGAUGGACUGCUUUGACGCUUAUAAGAGAGUGGACAUCUGGGCGUUUGGCUUGGUGCUGUGGGAGAUAGCCCGACGCACCUACAGUAACGGGAUCGUGGAGGACUACAAGCCUCCGUUCUAUGACCUGGUACCCAACGACCCCAGCUUCGAGGACAUGCGCAAAGUGGUGUGUGUGGAGCAGCAAAGACCUUUCAUCCCCAAUCGCUGGUUUUCUGAUCCGACCCUCUCAGCCCUGGUGAAGCUGAUGAAGGAGUGCUGGUACCAAAACCCUUCGGCCCGGCUGACGGCGCUGCGCAUUAAAAAGACUCUGGAUAAAAUCCUUGGCUCGUUAGAGAAGGGAAAACCGGACUACUGAGCUGAGACUUUGGAACAUUGUGUUGUUCUUGUUGGGUUUUUUUUCUUUUUCUGAUUUGGGAUCAGCAUCCUCAAGCAUCAGAACCCUUGAAUCUCGCAUCCAGGUUCCCCCGAAAGACGAGUCAAGAUUAAACGUGAGUCGUCGUCCAGGACCGUACGUUAGCUGAGUUCACUCUCGUCUCGGCUGCACAAUUACCAGGGAGCUGGUCCUAGAUGUGAGAUGGGGGGGGACAUAACGCUGGAAAUUCUGCAUACUUGAGCAUUUUAUUAUUAUUAUUAUUAUUAUUAUUAUUAUUAUUAUUAUUCGAAAGAAGUGGAGCUGUGAUUUAAAGCCACUUCUCCACGCUGUCAGUCGUGGCAUUCGAGGGCAGGCACAUGCCCUCUUGGUGACACCGCCAUAACGUUUCUUCCGCGUGCCUGCAUGAUAAAAGCCAUUGGAACGCUUGCGCAUCUAGCAGCAGCCUCUCUCUCUCUCUCUCUCUCUAUCCCUCUAUACCUUGCCUUUGCGCUCUCUUACUCUCAACUGACAAUCGCACACUGCUCAGUGGUCUCUGCACUAUUAGGCAGCCUCCCCCAAUACGCCUCUCUCAAAGCUGUGACCUUUUUAUGUCAACCUUUUAAUGAUGUUUUUUUAAGCAUUAACACAUCCUCUCUGCAUCUUCUCUCCGCUUUACUCUACCUAUCACCUGAGAGUCCCAGGUUCAGUGUGAAUUUGAGAAUAGUAUUCAGACUGUGCUUAAAAACGCCUGAUGCCUGUACUCAUAACCGCGCCUCUCACGUGUGCAGUGCCUGGUUUGUUUGUUUGUUUGUUUGUUUUUAAAGGAAUAACGCCUCAUAAAGCUCUAGAGUAAAAGCACUAACGUUUUA